AUGAUGGCGAUUGAGAUCAUCGACAGUGACACAUUCCUGGGCGCCGACACCAAUUUCAACAUUUUCACCAACGAGCGCGAGACGAACCUGAAUGCCGAUCAGAGAUGCGUGGAAUCUGGUAGCUUCUAUCUGGGCGAUCUGGUGAACGUGUUCCGGACAGGUUCGAUGGUCACCAGGGUCGUCGACGGAGGUCUCCUCAGCCACAGCUCCACUCUAUACGGAACCUGCGACGGAGCUAUUGGCGCUGUGCUAACACUUGCUCCGGAGCUCUACCGAUUCGCCCAUGACGUCCAAAAGGCUGUCGCCGGCCAAUGCAGAAACGCGAUGCGCAUCUCGCAUGAGGUUUAUCGCGCGUUCGACAAGGACCAAAUCGUCGUUCCGUCAAAGGGAUUUGUGGAUGGCGAUCUGGUGGAGUCGCUGCUCGACAUGCCACGCGAGACGGCCAGGAAAAUUGUGCAAGAUGUGCUUCUCCCAAAUCAAGAGGAACCGGUUGACCAGAAUGCGGAGAAUGUGUUGAAGCUGGUCGAAGAACUGUCCCGGAUGCAC